AUGGACAAGUCUGGCACACUGAAACAUUUGGUUCCCGGAACCAUUGUCGAGGAACAUUUGACAACUUGCAAGCUGGGCCCACAGAAGUGUGGCUUGUGCGCAAUUCACCAAGCUUGGGUGUCCCACAAAAAACCGUGGUUGAGAGUCGUACUGGUGGAGGGCGAAGCCAAACUUGGUUGCUCCACAUGCGCCAAAGUUGGUUGGGAUGGACCAUGGGCGCAAUUCCAGCAGCCGCCAGGUGCACGCCUGCGCAAACAUAAUUUGGACAGGCACGAGCAAUCGAAGGGGCACCGGAAAGCAAUGGAGAGCAAUGCUGUGGAACUAUCUGGGGCGCCACCUGCGGAGGACUUUAAAACAUGUUUGCAGGGCAUGAUGCAAGGACAGUCUGCAAGGCAGGGGGGCGUGUGUUCGGACAAGAAAAACCGCAUGCGCUACGCAUUGUCCGAAGCAAUUUGCAGUCGGAAUCGCAAAUUACUUUCAGAAGCACAUCACGUGUCACUGAUGAGAGAUGAGCGCAAGGGGAAGCUUCUUGUCCGUUUCAAAGCAGUUCUGAAGGACCUGACUACGGUUCACGGUGUGUUCGGAAUGUGCGAGGUACCAGGCUCUGCUGAGAGCAUUGCUGCGGCAACUGCUGACUCAAUGCAAAGCUUCUGCCAGCCUAUGCGACAGCCUCCGCGGGGCUCCAAAGCCGAGGAGCAGCCGGUAGAUGCGGAACUACUACGGAAGAUACAAGAAUCAGUCACCAUUGUCGUAACCGACGCAGCUGCGUCAGAGCUUCUGGCGGGGGACUUAGAGCGUGGCCGCAGGGCAUUUGCAGAUCAGAUGGGCCAAGCGAAUUUGACGAGCGUCAAACUCAUUGGUCGAGAUGUGGCGCACGCGUCUACACGUCUCUUAAAGCGGCCCUUCCAAUCUUGCGAAGCUCUCAGGUCCAUUAUGACGGAAUGGAUCCAUGGAUCCGACAGCUUCGCGCAGAAGGUGCACCACAGCCACAUUCUCAGCCAAUGGUGGGCUAAGGCAGUGCAAUGUCAAGAGGAUUCAGACCUGCUGGGGCACCAGUGCACUUCCCUCGCAGCAGCCAAGCAUCGCUUUUCUUCCUACUUCAACCCGUUGUCCCGCAUUGUCAAAAAUUUACAGGCCGUUUUCAACGUUUGCGGGCGUGCUCAAGCCAUGCGAGGCGCUGAUGCUGCUUGGGCCACGCAGCUGUGUCAGAAUUUUAGUUCCUUCAAAGCAGUUCUCCUCGCAAUGGCUGCUGAUGCUGCGGCAAUCAGCAACGACUACUGUAGACAAGUGGACCGAGAAGAGGUGGAUGUGGCAACGCUCAACAUGGGAGCAAACCAUUUCAUCUCUUCAGCUCGAGCCCUCUUUGUCGACCGCCAAGUUCUCACCUUACCAACAUUAUUCACGAAAGAGCUGUUGGACAGGAAGGCUUCAGUCACCAUCCUUCAGGAUGGCUUCGCUUAUGAUGUCAAAGAAUGGGCGUCGCUUGCGGAAGAAGUGGUGGCGCAUGAGUUCCCCAGCUGGCACCUCUUUGCUGCAUUUGAAGUUUUCAACUUGGCUGACGAAGGCAAGCGACAAAAUCCGGAUGUUUUGCGGAACUUGCAAAGGCUGGCCCAAGCUUUUGCGGUUUGCCCGGAGAAGCUCAAGGAGCAAUAUGCUCGCUUGAUGCCGAUUGCUACGGCAAUCAAAAAACAAGGCGGGCUGUCCAACCGGGACGCUUGGAAGGAGGCACUGCAACGCACGAGCAGCCGCAAGGGCGCCCAAAACCAGAGGCACGAGCACUCGGCCCUGAGGGAAGUCAUUGCUCCGUACCAAGGCUGGACAGCUGCCAGCAGCGGGGUGGAACAACUAUUCUCCAAAUUGAAAAGAAGUCCAGUGGAGCUUUCCAAUGCAUCCGCUGAGACUGACCGACGCACUGCGUGUGUGAUGGGCGAUGGACAAGCCGUGGCUGCCAUGGCAGACAUUGUCACAGACGCUCGACAAAUAUAUGCUUCUCUUUUGCAUUCCGGCGUGGCCCGUCCGCGGACACGCGUCAGGUUCGAUUGCGGGACAAAAGGCGGCUGCAGAGAAGGCACCUUUGCGCACUGGAACCGCAACCGGAAGCAAGCUGUGGCAGAGGCAGUGCAGAGCUAUACGACGCCGCCUCGGAAGCCGUCUGCAGUACAGACUGUAUCUGCGCUGAAAGAACGUGACUUUCAAAGGAAACAUGCUUUGAAGAGAAAAGCAGAAGCCUUAGCUGAUGGGCUGCUGCUUCCUGAUGAAGUCACGGAGGACGUUAGAACGGAGGCUGUCCGUGUUGCCAAGACAAACAAGCAAGCUGACCAGCAGCGUGCCAAGAAGAGGCGCGAUUACGAGCUGGGUGGACAUUUGACUUCAACAACGAAGACACCCGACUGGGCUUGCCAGGGUCUGACUGGCCCUGCUUGGUUUUGUCAGAAAUUGGGCCCGCAAGAGGAGCUCCACAAACGGCUCCAGGGGCACUCGGACCUGCGGCAGGCGAAGCUAUUCAUUGUGAAUGACUUCGCGACCGUGGAACGGAAAGUUCGGUUCAUGGUCGAGGAGCCAGGCCUGACGCUGCUGCUCAGGGAAGCUUGCCAACGAGGAUGGCGUGCAGUGAGAGCUGAAGACUUGAAGGGGAAAGCCCAUUUGAAGAAGAAAUCCCUGAAGACAAUCCCAGUGACCAAAGCAGAGUUGCGAGCCCAACUGCUGCGUGUGAAUGACUUGGCGUCUGAUUGGCAAGACCGAUUGAGGAAGCAUUCGCGCCAAACAGACCCCAGCACAGGAGUCAUAACAGCAGCCUCUGACUGCUCAGGAUAUGGCUCAGACCUGGUCGCGUACAGGCUUUUAGGCUUGAAGGCCCGGGUGCGCCCGGUGAUGAUGUCAGAAGUUGACGCGAACAAGGUCAUCCUUUACCAGGCAGUCGCGCAAGCUUGCGGCUGGAACAUGGAUGGACUGAGGCCCAUCGACAUGUUUCUACGGAAACCGGAAGACAUGAAACACGCAGAUGUGUACAUAGCCGGCUACCCAUGCCCGAGCUUUUCCAAUCUCGGGAAACAGGCCGGCGUCGAUGACCGCAGGGGCCUCUUAACCUUGAAAGGGUUGGAGUACGUGGCACUAUGGCGCCCAAAGGUGGUCGUUUUGGAACAGGUGAAAGCGAUUUUGCAAAAGAAAUACACCAAGGUGUGGAAUUACGUCCUGAAAAUUUUGCGACAGCUGGAUUAUGUGAUAGACUUCAAAGUCUUGGACACGAGAAACUUUGCGGUGCCGCAGAGUCGCCCACGGGUCUAUUUGCUGGCUGUGGCCAAGGAAAUCUGUGCGGAUUGUAAGGUGUCCGUGCCAGAAGGCGGGCCCAACCGCAUGGAUUUACACCACUUCAUUCAAAAAGAGGUGGCGGGCUCGGAGAAGCUUCACUUGCCAAAAUAUGAACUCCUAUUGGGAGAGAAAAUGUGGACCAAGGGCUACAUUUUGGAUGUCGGGUCAUCUGAAAGGUUUCAGUCAGUCAUGACAAAUUGCUCUCCUUGUCUGACCAAGACUCGGUUGAGCCAAGAUGGCUAUUAUAUACCAAAACUUCGCCGCCGCCUGUUGACCUUGGAGGCUGCUUCUUUACAAGGACUCCCCGCCCAAAUUUUGAACGCCAUGCAAGGCGCAGCCGCAAUCCAUCGGAUGCCCGCGCGCACAGUGGAAGGAAGCAUCGGCGAUACUAUGAGCAUCAAUGUGCUAGCAACUGUGGUCAUGCACGGUUUGUCCGUUGCUGGAUUGGCCAACUUCAAGGCAAAGAAGGAUGCUGACCCUGCAGCUGCGGCUGCUUCGCCAGACACUGACCCAACCAACUCAGCGUAUUACGCGCAGUUGGAGGCAGACGUCAAGACAAUUUUGCAGGAGUUCCCAGGUAUUGAGAAAGAAAAGCCGCGCAAGGACGAGCUUUCAGCAGAGGAACGGGCCUUGCGAAGAGACAAGUGGCGCGCAGUCCUGCUGAGCGUUCCUGCCGCGUUCAAAGACGCUUCUGGGUCCGAACCUGACCAGGUUUGGGUCCAGGCGUGGAACAGGAGGCAAAGCUUGAAACAGGAACAUGAAAGCAUGGCCCGAACCGCUAUGCAAACUGCGAUUGAAAUCGAUCAGUUCAAAACCAUGUGCGAGGAGCUUCCUUCUUGCAAAGGCAGGCUUUCGCCCGCGCAGUUAGCGCAGGAAUUUAGCACCUUGGGAUUGCAGAGCGUGCAGGGAGGCAAAAGAGACGAGGAGAAUGAGGGCAGGCUCACCGCCAACCUGAUCAGCCAAGCCUUGGCUGUGAAGAAAGGCGUCUUGUCGUCGGCUCGCGCGGUAGAGCUGCUCCUUGAAUUGGAGACGUCCUACGGGACCCGUUCGCCAUUUCACUCAUUGAGUCGGCUGCACAUCGCCUCCACCAAGCCAAGCACGACCCAGAUGAGAGACUGGGUCUUGGAGUCUAUUGUCGAUUGGUUGGCGCAUGAUUUGCUCCAACUCGGAGACAUCUCCAACAGCUCCUUGGCUGGCGCAAAACACCAAACUGGACUGGUGCAAUUGUUCGAACUGAAGAAGAAGGUGCACGACUACUUCUUCGACAUUCUACUGCCCAAGAGCGGCAUGUCAGAAGCCGAUCGAGUGUUGCUCAAAGCCAACACAGCGCGUCAUGACACGUACAGGAUGCAUAGUGGACAAGCAGACUGCAGCUGGAUGGCGCGUUUGAAGAAAUCAGCCAUUGAAGCCUUUCACCUUUUGGAGGAUCUCACGUACGGUAAGAAGUACGACAAUGGAUUGAGACAAGCCGCCAAAGCCGGGGGUGCUCCUGAAGCAGUUUUGGAACACGAGCUCGUCAAAGAACAGUGGGACAAAGUGCUGGCUACUUUGAAAAACGAAGAAGCGGAAAGGAAGGCGGCAGAGGAGCUGGCAGUAGGAGCUGCGGAGUCUGCCCCUGACACCUCAAACGAGCUGGAGCAGCUCAGGAAGCCGCCGAGUCAACAUUCCCAAGGGUCUGAAAAAUAUUGGAAAGCAGUGGCCAACCAGACGGUCAGGACCUACUGUUCUUUCCCCGGUGGGCCCAAAACUUUGGAGGGGGUCAUCACCUUGGUUUCCCAAACUUCCUUGCGAGAUUUCCAAGGUGAGGGUGGCAAGAGUUGCGUCCUGACUCACUUGGAUCUGGACGGUUUGGGAGAAAGCAUGGGGCCCAACCAGCGACCUCUUCUAAGGAAGAAAUUUGUGGCCGAGCCUGCUUUGCUCAAAAAGUUGCUCCACGGAGCCAUGAUUGGCAGGAAUGCUCAGCGCAAAGGCGAUGAAGCUACCUGUCCUGCUGAGGGUGAGGUGGUCGUCAUCCAUUGCGGUGCUGACCGCUCUGGAAAAGAUGCUGAGUCUUUGUUCCGACCGGCAACGGCCCGCAAGGACCAGCCAAUCGAAGCGGAGCAGAAAGACAUCACAGUCAUUUUUUCGGACAGUUCGAUCCGCAGUCGGAACAAAGGUGCCGCGAAGGAGAAGGACGUGUCCACCGAGAGCGUGUUCAGCGCCCUUACCUUGCCCUGCACCUUUUACCGUAGCUUUUUGAAAGCUCACAGCGUCCAAGCGGUGUUAGACCUCUCCAGUUGCCAAGGGGAAUUGGCGAAAGCUUGUGUGGCUGAGAGGGUGCCUUUUGUCGGGCUGACACUGUCGGAAAGCCAUUCGGCCAAGCUGGAAAUGAUUCUGACGAAUUUCGUCCUGACCCAAAUGCAGACUGAAGGUUCGACCUUCUACCGUGCAGACGCAGCUGCUGGGCCUGCAGCUGGAACCAAACGCAAGGCUGAGACUGAGACUGAAGGUUCUCAGGGCCAGGAGCGCCCAAAGGCCAAGGCCAAGGGAAAGGGCAAAGCAAAGAGUGCCAACAACAAGCCGAACGAAAAUGAAGAGGAGAAUCAGAACGAGGAAGAAGAGACU